GACGAAAUCCUCGAUCAGUUGCGCAGCUCUCAUUUCCUCGACCUACAGCAUGCCUCUACGAAGCCUCGGUGGCAGCAAUGAUGCGCAACCUACGAGUGCUACGUCGUCGUCCAAUUAAGCAAGUUCUCAUUCUUGUUUUCAUUUUAUUCAAUAUUUUUGAGGUUGCGCAAAUUCUGCGCUGCCUUUCGAGCCCUACGAACGAACCUGUUACUCAACGAUCGGAACGAGUGUACAUCGCUAGUAUACAUUGGAACAACGAGCGGAUUCUGCGAAGUCAUUGGAACGAUGCCGUAAUCGCUCUGGCUAAUGCGCUUGGCCGGGAGAAUGUCUUCGUUACAGUCUACGAAAGCGGGAGUUGGGACGAUAGCAAAGGCGCCUUGAGAGAGCUUGACAUGGCGUUAGCGGCACAUAAGAUCAGGCGAAACAUAACUCUUUCGGAGACUACUCAUCUAGAUGAGAUCUCUGUAGUGAACAGAGGCUCAGGCUGGAUCGACACACCCAGGGGAAGGAGAGAGCUCAGACGGAUACCAUAUCUUUCUCGACUUCGUAACUGGACCCUUGAGCCUUUGCAGGAGCUAGCUCGGCAAGGGGAGCGGUUUGAUAAAGUUCUUUUCUUGAACGACGUCGUAUUUAAUACGGACGACAUUUUCCGAUUACUCAAUACAAACGAUGGAGACUUUGCAGCCGCUUGUUCACUGGACUUUAGUCAGCCUCCGCAGUUCUACGAUACAUUUGCGCUCCGGGAUGCCGAAGGUCAUGAAAGACUCAUGCAGACGUGGCCGUACUUCCGAGCCAGGGAGUCCCGAAGAGCGAUGUUGAGAAAUCGUCCCGUGCCCGUGACUAGUUGUUGGAAUGGCAUAGUUGCGAUGCCUGCUGGACCUUUCGUUUCGAGUCCCUCGCUGCAAUUUCGUGGCAUUCCGGACUCUCUUGCGGCUUCGCAUGUCGAAGGUUCUGAAUGUUGCUUAAUACACAUAGACAAUCCUCUUCGUGUCGAGAAACGAACUUACGUAAAUCCUCAGGUGCGUGUAGGGUAUAGUGGUGAGGCAUACGAUGCUGUACAUCCGCAAGGAUUGCUUCUUUCCUCUUGGCAGGUAUUCAAGGCCUUGUGGGAAAAUCGUAUCCGCCGAUGGAUGACUUCACCUUGGCUCAAAGAGGGGGAGGUUUCGAGAAGAGUCAAAAGGUGGAAAAGUAUGAGCAGAGAAAACGAAGAAGCUGGAGAGAUCUGCCUUAUCAACGAAAUGCAGGUACUGGUUGAGAAUGGCUGGGCUCAUGUUUAGACAGUCGGUUUGCUGAAUAGCCCAAGAUUCUUUGGUACAUUAGAGUUAAUAUUUGCACUACCAAGAGACACAUAACAAGCUAGUAGAUUCGUGCAACAUGAUCCACAAGCGAG